AUCUGAUUGGUCGGUUGAUGCUCUGGGGUACACAGCAGGGUUACUAGGUAACGCCACUAGGUUAAUCGAUAAGGAAGAGGAGUGGGCGUGUCCCUCGGUAUGAGGAGAAGGAGGGAGGGGUGGUGUAUAUUUCCACAAAGCCCUGUCUCCCCGUAUACACGUGUGCUGUUAGUUGUUAGUUUGUAGGGACAAACCCAGUGCGGUUUCCUUGAAGGCCAGUAAGGCACCUGCAAGAGCAUUGGGUUCUGGAAAUCUCUCUCGUUAGUAUAACAGCAGCCGCUACAACUAUAUAUACGUGACAUUGCGCGUCCCAAACACCGCCGAGCUGUAGCGUCUAAACGGAUUGUUGGCGUUAGCGCUUGAGGGCUGAAGAGUCUCCGCUAGCUGAUGUUCAUCUUGUUAAUGGCCACUCAUUACUGCAGUUAAUCUGCUGGAGCGGCGCUAAUCGGGUUGUAUCGAUUGAACAGCACGACUGGCUAUUGACUGUUACUCACUGUCCCCCAACAAUGGCAGCCAACAAGGUCGGCAAAAGGCUCACAAAUAAGCCUCAUUCCCCAUCCAAGAGUCGAGAUUCCAACCAAGGCAUCCAGAGGCGACAGGCGCGGAUCACUGUCAAGUACGAUCGCAAAGAGCUGCAGAAGCGUCUGGACGUGGAGAAGUGGAUAGACGAGCAGAUGGAGGAGCUCUACCUGGGGAGGGAAGUAGAUAUGCCAGAUGAGGUCAACAUUGAUGAUCUGUUGGACUUGGAGACGGAUGAAGACAGAAGACGGAGCUUGCAGGUGUUCAUUCGGGAGCUUCUCUUAAGACUGAAGGGACUGCAGAAGCAAACUCUAUUGAAAAAGAAUGGACUGGAGGUCUCCAGUGAGGAGCAUAUAGUGGAACAUGCAUAACCUACAAUAUCACUUAGCAACACCCCCUGUAAGGGGCAAGUGACCAGAGAGCAAGGACUGUCUACAAAGCUAAAGAUUAGAAUGGAUGAAAAGUUGCAGAGACUUCAGACACAGAUGGACAAUUUGUGAUGUCUUUCUUUCUGAUGACAUUUCUAACACAAGAAGAAUUUCCCAGACAAUUCUGUGUUGUGUGCCCAAUUGUAUUCACUCUUUCAACAAUUGUGUUGUCCACAUGCACAGCUAUUUGAAUGCUACACACCCACAAAUGGAGUUUCUAUAAUUAUACUAGUAAUUUAUAAUCCACUCCUGUUUUACCUGUACGUGUAAGGUUUAGAACUUGUAUUUUACUUUGUAGGAAGUUCAGUUGGAUCCUGUAUUGUACAUUAUGGUGAGAGAUCCAGUUCUGUCUGGACACUGUGACAGGCCCCUGUAUUGCACUGGGCUUUAGCCAUCAAACAUGACUGUAUUGCUCCAGUGGGGAGGUUAAUGACCUGUAUUGCACAGUGUAAGGAAAACUGUAAUAUACACAGUGAAGAUCAGGCCUUGCAAUUUGCAGUCUAUGCGGAGACACUUUGUAUGGUGUACAGUUUCUUGAGAAGCCUUGAUGAAACCAACAUGAGAAAUGCAGGAGCCUUUAUGCAAGUAAAAGGUUAUUUACUAAUUUCUUCUUAUUUUUAUUUUAAAACCUACAGACAAAUAUUUAAUGGAACAGUGUUGUUAGCUGGUCACAAAAAGUGUGAUAUUCUGUAGAAUUGUCUGCUUAGCACAAUUUCUUUUUUGUUGUUAGCAUUAGAAGUAGUUAUACACAGAAUCUAUAAUUCUUUGUCGUUGUUCAUCAAAAGACCAGUUUUUCAACCCAACAUCUAUCCACCUAUUAACCUACUUUUUCAGGUUUGAGCAAACAAAAAAAAACAACCCCUAGAUAAUGCAUAAUCUGAAUAAAAAAAUGUGCUAGUUUCAGUUGUUUAGUGCUUUAAAAAAAAUCCAAUAGUGCUAUAGUUUGCAUUGGGUUCAGUUAAGCGAUAAGGAUUUAUCAGAAUCCGGGAAAAAAGUGCUGUAGCCUGUCUGAAUCUGAAUUUGAACAGAAUUCUGAACACACACAAAUACUUUUUACAGGUAUUGGGCCAGUUUGUAAUACAAAAUUCAGCUGACCGGCUUACUCACAUUGUAAUAGCUUUAAUUACCAUUAUUCAUAUUUCUACACCUUGAUAUAUAUUAAAUAUGUAUAUUGUAUAUAUUUACAGGUAUAUGGACAAGCCUUGUAGCUUCUGUAAAGUACUAGUCACUACAGGUUGCAUAGGAUACAACUGUCAUGCCACUAAAGGAAGACCUGGUCACUUUAUAACAACAACAUUUUGGUUUUAAUAAAGUGUUUUACUUUCAA